UGGGAGGGGAGGCUGGGUCUGGAUGGGCAAGAGGGCUCUGCCAGACCCCAACGUCCACGUCCCCGUCCCCGUCCCCGCAGGGCCGCCUUCAACAACAACGUGAGCGUGGCCUACGAGUGCCUGAGCGCCGGCGGGCGCAGGAAGAGGCCAGGGCUGGAUGGACGCACCUACAGCGAGCUGCUCAGGCGCAUCUGCCGGGACGGCCAGGCCCCCGAGGAGGUGGUGGCGCCGCUGCUGCGCAAGGUGCAGUGCCGUGACCACGAGGCGGUGCCGCUGAGCGUCUUCCGCGCGGGCACGCUCACCUGCUUCGUGCUGCUGGAGUUCGUGGCGCGCGCCGGCGCGCUCUUCCAGCUGCUGGAGGACCCGGUCGCCGCCGUGGCCGACCGCCGCGUGGGCCAGGCCGUGCUGGACACCCUGGAGGGCGCGCUGCAGGCCAGCGACGCCGCCGCGCCCGCGCGCUUCCUGGAGGCCGGCUCGCGCCUGGGGCCCGACAGCCUGGCGCUGGCGCUGGACCGCGCCGUCGGGGGGCGGCGGCCCAGCGCGCCCAUGACCCGCGAGGAGUUCCUGGAGAGGGCCGCCGCGCUCUUCAUCGCCAAGGUCAAGCCGGUGGGCUGAGCCCCGUGCGCCACGCGGAUCCGGGAUCUGCACUGGGGGGUCUCCGCGUGCGGGGCGCGCGGAGCCUUCCCCUCACCCCGGUGAGGGCCUGCAACGAGGCGCCCAGCCCUGCGGAGGAGGCUGGGGCUCCCAGGAAUCGGACGCCCCCUCCCCAAACACCUUCGCGGCCGCCCCUCCACCCCCGCGGGAGCCCCUGCCCCGCGCUAAUAAAAUCUGUUGCGAGGCUGA